UUUACUAAGUAAAUGCCUUUAGAAGUAAGCUGCAAAAUGGAUGUAGAUAUGGAAAGUUCUCAAGCUGUUGAGCAAGCGCAGGAAAAUGAACGUAUUAUUGAGCUGCAGGACUUGAUUGAACAAAACAUAAAUAUAGAUCACCACAUAGAAUCAAGCUCCUUUGGCGAAUCCCUGACGGCUAUACAAGGUCUUAUGGACAAGGCCAACGAAAUCGUUAGCGGCUACGAGGACCGCCGCACAAAUCCUACAGAGCUUGUGCUGGAUACUGAGCUGCUACGGCGUAAUCAUAAAGUUGUGGCCAAAGCUAUACAAUACAAUACGAAUAUUACGGAUAAAAUGUUCUGCACUGCAAUUAAAAAUAUUGUUUUUAAUGACAGCGCUGAAGAUUGGGAUGUACUCUGCGCACUUGCUUGCCCACAUGGAACGGCGCACUUUACAAACGCCAGCAUGUUGCCCUUUAUUGAUGUAAAGCCCAAACAGCAUGUGCAGAGGCAACGCACCACGCGUACUGCUGCCAAUCAGGCAGAGGAAAAGCGUCCUACUCAAAGCGAUAAUCUGGAACGCAAGGACGAAGGCGCCGCUGCUGUUAAUCAUGCCAUGCGACAAAUCAAAGAAAUUUGUCGUGCCAACAACAAUCAACCUAUACCUUACUAUAAGCUCAUUAUAAAUCCAAAAAAUUUUAUGGAUACGGUGCAAAAUGCAUUGCUUAUAUCAUUUCUUGUCAAGGAGCAACUUUUACACUUGGAUAAUGCCGACGAUGGACUACCACAAAUAAGCAUCGUCAGCAGUGCCAUAGAGAGCAACACAGAAUCCCAACAGGCUAUUUGUGGCUUGGACAUGAAACUUUGCGAGAAAUAUGCCAAGAAAUAUAACAUUAAGGAGCCCUGUCUGAAACGCAUGGAACCAAAGGAAACAUAAAUUAAUACAAAAUA